AUUUCGAUUUCGAUACCUAUAUCGAUACCCCCGGCUUAUUCGCACGUUAUCACUAUUACAAAAUAAGUCCCAAAAAACGGAAUAUGAAUUAGAAUUAGUAAAUAUAGGCUAAAAUGUUAAGGUAUAGACAUGUGGUGCGCCUCCUGCAGCAGCGGAGUUAUUCGGCCGGAGCAGCUAGCAAUGGAGGUGGACUACCUGGGGGCGACAAAUCCGGCGAGGAUUUACACCCAAUACGGCGAACACUUCGUUUGCUCGGCAACGAUAUGCGCAAAGUCAAGGAGUUCUUUGUGCCCAAGGAGCAAGAGCCCGAGGAUAAGGGCAUCCUCACCCAGAGCAAAUUUCAGUUUGCCGGGGAAAAAGGCAGAGAUCCCACGCUGCCGGAUGACUUCCAGACCCACUGCGAUGUGCUUAUCAUAGGUGGAGGAGGAGUCGGCAGCUCCAUCGCCUACUGGCUGAAGGAAAAGGCCCGAGAUGGCCUUAAUGUGGUGGUGGUAGAAAAGGAUGACACGUAUACUCAUUCCGCCACUCGUGUGUCUGUGGGAGGUCUUUGCCAGCAAUUUUCACUGCCCGAAAACAUCGAAAUGUCACUUUUUGCUGCCGACUUUUUGCGAGGCGCCAAGGUACACUUUGGUGAGGAUGUACCCCUGCAUUUCACUCCCCAUGGCCACCUAAUGCUAGCUGGCGACGAGCACGCAGAAAGCUUGAUGCGCUCCUCCCAGAUACAAAACGAACUGGGUGCCCGCAAUGAACUGCUCACAGCGGAUCGACUGGCGGCCCGUUUUCCCUGGCUAAACACCGAGGGCAUCGUCUUGGGCUGUCACGGAUUGGAGAAGGAGGGCUGGCUCAAUCCAUUGGCCCUGCUCAGUAACUUCAGGCGCACUGCCAGCGGGUAUGGUGCUCAUUUCGUCAGUGGCCAAGUAGUAGACUUCGAAUUCCUAUCCCAAACGGACAUAUCUGUGGUUGCCGGCUCCAACGAGGGUAGUUACACAGGCCUGGACAAGGCUAUCAUUCAACUGCCCGAUGGCACGCGACGCACCUGCAAGUUUGCUCUGUGCGUAAUAGCAGCUGGUGCAAGUUCCGGACAGGUGGCUAGACUGGCAAAGAUAGGAGUGGGCCCGGGAAUGCUUCAGGUUCCCCUGCCCAUUGACGCCCGAAAACGGUUCAUGUACGCCAUCAACUCGCAGGCUCAAAGUGCACCUGGAAUGACCAUGCCCAUGACCAUCGAUCCAUCUGGCAUAUUUAUCCGCAGAGAUGGCUUAGGUGGCAACUACAUAUGCGGGCUGGAUUCAAUUGAGGAGAGUCAAAGCGCGUCGGUGGACCCGCAGUUCUUUGACCAGCACAUCAGAUCCAAGCUUGCGAAGCGAGUUCCCGCCCUUGGAGAAGCCCAAUUGGUGGAUAGUUGGGCGGGUAGCUACGAUCAGAAUGUCUACGACGAAAACGGAAUUGUGGGACCCCACCCGUACUACCACAAUCUGUAUAUUGCCACUGGUUUUAGUAAACAUGGAAUCCAGCAAUCCCUAGCCGUGGGACGAGCCGUAUCAGAGCUGAUCAUGGACGGCCAGUUUCGGACCAUUGACCUCUCACGCUUGAGCUUCGACAGGCUGAUUGUUGACCAACCCAUGUACGAGUUGAAUAAUGUUUUAAGCUAGGAUUGUUGAUGGUGCAUUAAAGACUAAAUGCAGCUAAUUUAA